AAAGGAGUGAUCAUAGUUUCCAUUGCGAGAAAUAAAGGUUGGAAUCAAACCCAGGCUGCAAUGGAAAAACUAGGAAAACCAAAAGCUAAUCGCUUGGUGUUUUUGACGUCCCCAUUUCAGGGCCACAUAAACCCAAUGCUACAACUAGCCACAAUCCUGCACUCAAAAGGCUUCUCCAUCACCAUCGUGCAUCUCCAGUUCAACUCUCCUAAUCCUUCAAAUCAUCCUCAAUUCACCUUCAAACCCAUAACCGAUAACUUAUCCGAAAGCAAAGUCCUGCAAGGAGAUAUCUUGGGUACCGUUAAGGCUCUUAACAAGAAUUGUCAAGUGCCCUUUGAGCUAUACAUGAAGCAAAUGACAGAGAAAGAGGAUUCAGAUGAUCGGAUUUCAUGUAUUGUUUAUGAUGGGCUUAUGUACUUUGCUCAUACUGUUGCUAAUAAUCUGAAGCUGCCGGGGAUUAUUGUUCGGACUAGUGCUGCUGCUGGCAUAUUCAAUUUUACCGUGUUUCCUCAUCCACACCAACAAGGCUAUAUUUCUCUUCUAGGGGAUUUGUUGGGCGACAUUAAGGUCCUUAACAAGAUUUGUCAACUGCCGUUUGAGCUAUGCAUGAACAAAAUGUUAGAAAAAGAGGAUAGAGAUAACCCGAUUUCAUGUGUUAUUUAUGACGUACUUAUGCACUGUGCUCAAACUGUUGCUAAUCGUCUGAAGCUGCCGGGGAUUGCUCUUCGGACUAGUGCUGCUGCUACCAUAUUAUCCUAUUUUGCUGUUUUUCCUAAUCCACUUGAAAAAGGCUUUGGUUCUCUUCUAGAUUCCAUGGCUGAAGAAUUUUCGACUGAGCUUCAGUCCCUCAAGCUUAAGGAGCUACAUGCCUCUAUAAAAACAGAGUAUCCUCCAGAUGCCGUGCUAGAGCUGAGAGCAAUCAUCACAAGCGCAAUUAAAGACUCGUCAGCUAUCAUUAUUAACACAAUGUCCUAUCUUGAACGGGAAGCACUGACAAAGAUUCAAGAUAUUUUCAAUGCUUCAAUAUUUCCCGUAGGCCCUUUCCACAAGCUAGCUCCAACAGUCUCUAAUUCACUGCUGCAGGAAGACAGAAGUUGCAUUUCUUGGCUUGACAAGCAAGCCCCAAAAUCUGUUCUCUAUGUAAGCUUUGGCAGCAUUGUUAGCAUGACUGAGGAUGAAUUACUCGAGGUAGCAUGGGGUCUAGCCAACAGUGAGCUGCCUUUCUUGUGGGUGCUUAGGCCUGGUUUGGUUCGUGGUUCAGAUUUGCUUGAGCCAUUGCCAGAAAUUUUCAAAAAAAGAGUAGAGGAGAGAGGCUGUAUUGUGGAAUGGGCACCCCAACAGGACUUGUUGGCACAUAGUGCAGUGGGAGGAUUUUGGACCCACUGUGGUUGGAAUUCAACAUUAGAGAGCAUUUGUGAAGGUGUUCCAAUGCUCUGCCGGCCAUUUUUUGGAGAUCAAUUUUUAAAUGUCAGGUAUGUGUGUCAUCUAUGGAGGGUAGGCCUUGAAUUGGAGGAGUUGGAGAGAGAGAAGAUAGUGAAAGCCAUAAGAAAGCUAAUGGUGGAUGGAGAAGGAGAGGAAGUGAGGCAGAGAGCUGUGGAAUUUAAGGAGAAAGCAAAGCUUUGUCAGAUAGAAGGUGGUUCUUCCUAUUGUUCCUUGAAUGAUUUGGCAGAACAUAUCUCGUCAUAUUGAGGAAUAUGGGAUUACUUUUCAAAUUGAUAGAUGGCUUAUAAUUUUUCACUCGGACAUGUAGUUAGACGAACUUCUUUACAACUUGCUCAUAAUUAUCUUUUAUUUCUCUCA